AAUGCCCAAGCUAUCCAUGGUGGGGUAGGUGCUUGCUUGAUGCGAUAAUGAGCCAGCCAGGUAUGCGCCUUGGUCGCAGUUUACUUUCCCUCCUGCUCAAAACAUCAGCUCCUCCUAACCUUACCUGGUGAUUCACCCACUUGAGACACCAAGACACCGUCUGCAAGGUAUCUUGGCUAGUAAUUCUAACACAAAGAUCAUGUGCUUUACGUCCGUUAUUGAUAGUCCGCGUUCGCCCACGUUCUUAGGAAAUCACCGUUAUCACAUUCAAGGAUGGGUAAGACCCCAGCCGAAGGGAAGAAGGUUGUGAUUCGCCGCUUGCCUCCUGGCAUGACUGAGGAUGAGCUCUGGGCUAUCCUUGGUGAUGGUUGGAAAUCCGGCAAUGGCAAGGUCGAUUGGAUGCGAUUUGAUGACGGCGAGAUUUCUAAUGAUCCUUCCGACCUUUCUCGGCCUGCGCGCUGUUACCUUCAUCUCCUGAGCCUAGCCGACCUCCCAAUUCUGUCAGAUAGAGUUCAGCAAUUGAAGUGGGAAGAUGCUAAACGCACGGCUAAUGAUCCAGCUCUUGUCGGUCCGCCCUACAUGGAAAUUGCCCCUCUGCAGAAAAUCCCAACAGGAAAGAAACGAACCGACCCGAGGCAAGGCACCAUCGACUCUGAACCGGAAUUCAUGAAGUUCCUUGAAAGUCUCACUGCACCAACGCCGACCAAGGAGACCGACCCUGAACAAGUUGCUGAGGAUGCCACUAAAACUGACGUCAAAGUUACGACAACCCCCUUGGUCGAAUAUCUCAAGGAGAAAAAGGCCAACAAGGCAAAGGAAGCUGCACUGUCUAAGAGCGCUAAACAUCCCCGGCAUGAAUCAUCCAAUAAGAGCAAAGACGACACUAAGAAGAAGGGCAAGGAGUCCAAGACCGACAAGGCGGACAAAACCUCUGAGAAGGACAGGGACAAAGAUAAGGCCAAGGAGCCUGUCAAAUUACUCACAAAGAAGGCAGUCGCUCAGGAGGUAGCAGAGGCUGCAAAGUCUGCAGCAAAUUCAGCUACAUCCAGUAAGGCAAGCGAGGAGGCAGCUCCGAAGAGUCGCCGCGCGAACAUAGCUGCUGCUGCUAAGAUAUUGCAACGUGACCUUGGUCUCAGUCCAGGGAGUGCUCACAGGCGAGCACGGCAGGAUGCGGCGAAAGAUGCAGCUAAGGCCGAAGCUACUGGCAAACCAGAAACAAGCAAGGACGGUAAAGAGAACAGUGGUAAGGCUGCUGCUUCUACAACGCCAACUGGACCUAGGGAGUCUGCCUCCUCUACUGCGAAGUCGUCAACACCUACCGCCUCGAAAUCGCAAACCCCCGAAAGUUCUCGACGAAACCGGGGCGGCAAAGGUGCGAAGCAAAAUCCAUCGAACGAAACUGGAAAGGGAAAGGCAACCGAGACUCUCACAACCGGCAAAUCAGCGCCAAUGCCCACUCCAGUCAUCUUGAAACGCAAAGACAAUAUCACACCCGCCGACGUGGCACCAGCAACGUCGACAACAACAGCUUCAAACUCCACCCCAGCAACUCCAACUGGGCCAAAGGCCGCGAGUGGUAAAGCCGCGUUGGCUGGGAAGUCCACACCUACAGCGCAGAAAAAGGGAGCCGCAACCUCUUCUAUAACUCCGGGUGCUACUCGUGGCUUUGUCAAACACGCAAACCCCUCCCAGGGUGUCACGGAACCUCUGCUCAAACAAGCCAUGGAGGGUUUCGGCCCUGUUACCUUCGUUGAAAUCGACAAACGUAAGGGUUUUGCGUAUGUUGACUUUGGUAAUCACGAUGCGCUCAUCAAAGCUGUAGCUGCUAGUCCAGUCUCGGUAGCUCAGGGUACUGUUCAAGUUCUGGAACGGAAGGAAACAAAAAAGGCAUCUACUGCAGCCACGGCGACCACAACAUCCACAUCAACAUCCACACCCACAGCUGCCACUCCCACUCAACAACAAGCUGCCGAGAAGAAGGCCGAACCGCAGGCAGAACGCACUAAACGGGGUGGCCGUGGUAGAGGCCGACGAGGAGCUGCAAAUGCUGGCACAAGUGGGACUAAUGACCAAGUAGGCCCACCAACUUCACAGCCAGGGGCUUCUGCUGGAUGAAGAAUACUUUUUGAGCAGAAACUAAGUUGCCAUCGAUGCAAUAUCCUAAAACACCGGGUCGUGCUACUCUCUGACUGAAUUCAUCGGGUUCAUCAAUAUUAGAAAGCUAAACUAUCCGGCUUUAUGCAGACGGGUUACGAGCCAUCACCCUUG